AGUGAAUGGCUACCAAGGUGUGAACUUUGUGGUGGCAACACUUGGCGUGGCUGAAGGAAGAAAGAAGAAGAAGAAGGGGAAGAAGAGGGAGUUUGCUGAUGCGUUUCUUCUUAUUUGGUGAUGGCUGAGUUCACUGAGGACUUCACACACUCACACAAGGCUUGCUUCCAGUGCAACGGUUACUAUGGCCCAAACUUCUGCCAGCCGCUGUGUGCCACCUGUCAUGUGUUCCUGUACCCUGAUGACCCCUCCAAGCCAGCCCUCGUGCGGCCUUACCAUGAGGAGACAGAUGACGGGGACUCGGGAAAUGAAGAACCAAGGGAACCGGGGGACUACUACCAGACCCAGGAGCAACUUCCCCCUGAGGCUGCCCCCCAGGCCUUCCCCCAGCACACCAUAGACCCAAAGGCGUACCAGGCUGUAGCCGCAGCGAUGGACCACGAAGACUUUGACUACAUGGAGACAGGGGAGGCCGGGGGUGACGCUAGGGGUGGAAACAGCAGUGGGGGAGUAGGGGAAGGGGUGUCUGGGGGCGGCAUGGACAUGGUCGUGGGUAUGGAGAUUCCGGGGGGUGCCAACGGUGUGGGACUGAAUCUUGGGGGCAUGUGUGGAGGCGCUGGUGGUGGUGCUGGUGGUAGUGGUGGCGGUGGGGGGGGAAGCGCCUCACCAGGGAAUGGGAUGAUGUUGGGGGGUCAUGAGGGGUGUGGGAGGGGGGCUGCUGGGGUGAGGGAGAAUAACGUGGGAGGCCCUGGGGGAAAUAUGAGGAUGGCCAAGGCUCGGGUGCCCACGGUGAGGGGGAGCGAGAGUCGUGUCAUGGUCCAGCCUGUCCAGCCGGCGCUACAGGAACAGAUCGCGAGGCUGACGAGUCCAAGGCCAAGCGAGAAUCUGGACCCCACACUGAUUCACCGCAUGCCCCCGGAAGUGUGGAUGCUCGUGUUCAACUUCCUGGACGACAUGACGCUGUGGGCGGUGGGCCAGGUGUGCAGGCGGUGGAGCCAGCUGGUGCGCCGCUACGUGCCGGAGGACCAGUGGCGCCUCUACACCAGCCGACGGUGGCCGCUCUUCUCCAACCUGUACAAGGAGGUGCCCUGGCAGCGCGUCUACACCAAACUGACAGAGAGUGCGCCCUGCUACAUGUGCCUCCAUAAGAUGUCUCUGCUCACUCAGCCCCUCAACAACGAGAACUCUUGGAGGAGAAACCGCUUGCGCAACGAACUCAGAACGCUGCGGUCCGACCCCCCGGAGGGUAUCCAGGCGUGCCCGCUGGACAAGUCGUCGGUGCACUGGCAGGCGUCCAUCCGCGGCCCCGCUGGUUCGCCUUACGAGGGGGGCACCUUCUUCCUCUACAUACAGAUUCCUCACAGCUACCCUCUGUGUCCCCCCAUCGUGUGCUUCAUCACCAAGAUCUUCCACCCCAAUGUGUCGCGCCACGGAGACAUCGGCAUUGACUCCAUCCAACACAACUGGUCCCUGGCGCUCACCAUCUCCAAGGUUCUCAUCUCCAUACAGUCGCUGCUCACUGACCCCUACACUAAGGUGUGCAUGGAGCCUGAGAUCGGGCUUCUCUACGAGUCCAACAAGAAGCAGUUCGAGCGCGUGGCGAGGCGCUGGACGUGGAGGUACGCCAUGCACGACGCCCUCUACCCCGAGCCCUCGCCCUUCCUGCCGCUGCCCCUGCAUACCACCUGCGGCCCCUCUACACAGAUGGAGACCGAGGAAGGCGGCGGCGGCGGCGGUGGUGGUGGUAGCGGCAGUGGCAGUGGCAGUGGUGGCGGAGGAGGUGGUGGUAGUGGCGGUGGAGUGGCGACAAACGGAGGUCACGGAGAACCGGAAUCUAGAGUGCCAAUGUUCUUUACCUAACCACUGGCACCUCCACUCCAAAGGUGCCUAUACUGUAUCUCCCUCACGCGCACACACACACACACACACACACACACACUUAGAUGUAUAUAUUAGUCAUGUGCACAGACUCAAGAAUAAAUAAAUUGGAGAUACAUACAUAGAGGCCAGGGCUGUAUAGGGGUGUGUAUAGAGGAUGUUAACUGUAUAGGCCUCUUUGUGAUAUACAGGCUGUUCUAUAUAGGGCAAGUAGUGUAUAUGGGUAGUGAGGUGAAGGAAGGAAGGGAAGGGAAGGGAAGAGGUGUUGGCUGUGGAUAGGAAGGAAAGGGAAAGGAAGACAUUGGCUUUGGGUAGGAAGGAAAGGGAAGGAAAAAAGGUGUUAGGAAAGGGAAAUGGAGAGGAGAGGGAAAUUUAUUGGCUAUGGGAAGGAAAGGGAAUGGAAGAGGGAGGUGUAAGGAAAGGGAAAUGAGGAAAUAUUGGCUAUGUGUAGGAAGGAAAGGAUAGGGAAAAGGGAAAUGGAGGAAAGGGAAAGAUAUUGGCAGUUGGUAGGAAGGAAAGGAUAGGGAAAAUAGAGUUCGGGAGGAAAGGUAAUUGAAGAGGAGAUGAAAAGAUAGGCAGGAAAGGGAAUGGAAGAGAUAUUAUCUGCACUGGUUACAAAAAAGAACAAGAAAUUAGAUUGUAAGAUAAAGGAAGGAAAGGGAAGGGAAAAAGAAGAGGAGGUUAGGAGGGAAAGGAAAGAAGGGAAGAAGAAGAGGAAGACAGGAAGGGAAGGGAAUGGAAGAGGAAGAAGAAGAAGCAGUAUUGUCGUCUGUUUUGGGGAUAAGGGAACAAAAAAUUGGCUCAGGCUAGAAAUUAGGACCCCACUUCUAUGCUAAUAAUUCCCCUUUGCUCCUUACAGUUUAUUUAUUUUCAACGAGUAUAUUGUAUGAUCAGGCUCUCCAUACUCACACACACACUCCUUCAUUUGUCCGUGAUGCAUUAAGUUUUUCAUACACUCAUCCCCUUCUCAGUUUGCCUAGCAUUACUUAAUAUUUAUCCUCUUUGUGCUUCGGAGAAUGUGUUCAUAUGAUGUUUUCAGGUAUUUAGAUAACAGGAAGGAGGUUUUUGAGUUCAUUGUAUACUAAAAUGCGUGUGUGAAUGUAUGAGAGAAAGAGAGAGGAAGAGUGAGUGAGUGUGUGGAUGAUUUCCGAGAGUCGUGAAUGAGCUCCUUCACACACAUGGCAUUGCGUUAACUUAGUGAUGCAAAAAAUGAGACUAAUUGGUGCUAAAGGAAGACAGUGAGAAUGUUCAUUAAGGAUUUUUUAACUCUUGUGACAGUGGUAGCAGUAGUUGUAGUAGUAGUAGAAGCAGUAGUAGUAGUAGUUGUAUCAUGGCAUUCAUAUAGGAGGUGAGGAGAGAUUAGAAGAUAAGGAAGAGAUAGGUUUGGUGUUGAGAAAAUAUUUUACCCUUGUACAUUAAAACCAGUGGACAUAUCUCACCCCUUUUCAUGACUCUUUCGGGCAGUGUAGGGAAGGUGGAUGCAGGUAGGUGUGCACUGCGGAUAACAUAAUCAUAAGUACAUUAAAAACUAUACCUA